GGCCCGGAAGAGGGGAGGAGAAGAGAGGGUUCCCGUAGGCAGGGUCCGCGCGCGCUGGGAUCAGGGCUGGUCCCGAGAAGGGCCUGGGGCGGCCGCGCUAUGUUCGGGGCCCGGUGCCUGCUCCGAGCCCUGCGCUCCUGUUCCUCGGCUCCCUGCCCAAGGCACAAACCGUCAGCCAAACUGAGCGUGCGGGACGCUCUCGGGGCCCAGAACGCAAGUGGGGAGCGCGUUAAGGUCCAGGGAUGGAUUCGUUCAGUCCGAUCCCAGAAGGAAGUCUUGUUCCUGCAUGUCAAUGAUGGGUCAUCUUUGGAAAGCCUUCAGGUUGUAGCAGAUUCAAGCUUUGACAGUAGAGAACUGGCCUUUGGGAGUUCUGUGGAAGUUCAAGGGCAGCUGGUAAAAAGUUUGUCCAAAAGGCAAAAUGUGGAACUGAAGGCAGAAAAAAUUGAAGUUGUUGGAAAUUGUGAUGCCAAGGCUUUCCCUUUUAAAUAUAAAGAGAGGCAUCCUCUGGAGUAUCUGAGACAAUACCCUCACCUUAGGUGUAGGACUAAUGUUCAGGGUUCUAUACUGAGGGUUCGCAGUGAAGCCACAGCUGCUAUCCAUUCUUUCUUUAAGGACAGUGGCUUUGUGCAUAUUCAUACUCCAGUAAUCACAUCCAAUGACUGUGAGGGGGCUGGAGAACUUUUUCAAGUUAAACCUUCAAGCAAAAUAAAGGUACCUGAGGAGAAUUUCUUCAAUGUUCCUGUUUUCUUAACUGUCUCAGGACAACUUCAUCUAGAAGUGAUGUCAGGAGCUUUUACUCAAGUGUUUACCUUUGGUCCAACAUUCCGAGCAGAGAAUUCUCAGAGCCGGAGACACCUGGCAGAGUUUUAUAUGGUAGAAGCAGAGAUUUCUUUUCUUGAGAGCCUUCAAGAUCUCAUGCAGGUUAUGGAGGGCCUCUUCAAGACUACAACAAUGACAGUUCUCUCAAAUUGUCCUGAAGAUGUUGAACUCUGUCACAAAUUCAUAGCUCCUGGCCAAAAGGACAGAUUAGAACAUAUGCUAAAAAACAACUUUCUAAUCAUUUCUUAUACUGAGGCAGUGGAGAUAUUAAAGCAGGCAUCCCAGAACUUCACCUUCACUCCAGAGUGGGGUGCUGAUCUACACACGGAACAUGAAAAGUACCUGGUGAAGCACUGUGGUGACAUACCAGUCUUUGUCAUUAAUUAUCCAUUAGCACUCAAGCCCUUCUACAUGAGGGAUAAUGAAGACAGCCCUCAGCACACAGUUGCUGCUGUUGAUCUUCUGGUUCCUGGAGUUGGAGAACUCUUUGGGGGAAGCCUCAGAGAAGAACGGUACCAUUUCUUAGAGCAGCAAUUGGCCAGGUCAGGACUGACAGAAGCCUACCAAUGGUAUCUGGACCUCCGUCGAUUUGGAUCUGUGCCACAUGGAGGUUUUGGGAUGGGAUUUGAACGCUAUCUGCAGUGCAUCUUGGGAAUUGACAAUAUCAAAGAUGUUAUCCCUUUUCCAAGAUUUACUCAUUCGUGUCUUUUGUAGCUGAAGACUGGUUAAGGAAGACCACCCUGUGCCAGAGGUACUGCACGUGAAUAUACAUACAGGAGAAUGCAUGUUUGAACUGUAGAAAUGCAGAAGUUUUCAUUAUGUAAUUGUCAUGCCAGAAGAUACAUGAAAGAUACAUGUGAUCAUGAUUUUCAUUGAAAGUUGAAGGCAUUUCAUGGAAAGAUGAACUCCAUCAAGAAGAGGUACUUAUAGCAGAUAGAAUCUCAAAGCUAUUGUGUCAAUUAAGAAAAAAAUGAAAUUGAACUAGAUGGUCUCAAAGGUCCUUUCAAACUCUAGGACAGGAUGAAAUUGUGUAUUUUACUUUUUCAAGAUUUUUUUUUUUGAUGUGGACCAUUUUUUUAAAGUCUUUAUUGAAUUUGUUACAAUAUUGCUUCUGUUUUAUGCUUUGGCCCUUUGACCGCAAGCCAUGUGGGAUCCCAGCUCCCCGACCAGGGAUCGAACCCGCACCCCACGCACUGGAAGGCAAAGUCUCAACCACUGGACCACCAGGGAAGUCCCGAAAUUGUGUAUUUUACUUUGUCUUUAAUCAGUAGACCACUGCCCUCUGUGACCUUUGAGAAGCAACUACUAGCUAAAAAUAAAAUGUUGUUGGAUCUUU